UUCAACCACAAUCUAUUCACAUUUCAAGCUACUGAAAGCAAGAAAAUGGAGUCACUAUUUCCUAAGCCAACCCUAUACGGUGGCAUAAAGAGUUACUUGAGGAGGCGGCGCUACCGAAGUCUCCACGGUGGUGCUGCCACCGGGAGAAGGAAGAUGACGAUCAUCCGGUUGAAAAGUCCACGUAAGUAUUGGAAGAUAAGAGCAAUUCCAAGGCUUAGAUGGGUGAUGAGAUCACCAUUGAAAAUGUUGACAAAGCUCAAGAAUGCUUAUAUGAACUUUAUGUUGAGGUUGGCAGGGAACGUAGGUGCUAUGAAUAGUGAUAAUAUCUUUGGUGUGAAACGAAUUCCAAAGGCUCGUCAAGUGUCUAAGGGGUAUUCCGGUGAUGAAUUUGAGGCCAGGCUUAUUUUUGAGAUUUCUAAGACCUUGGUUGCUUCCUAUGAACUAUAUCCCAUGUAAUUGUUAUUGUCUCUUCUUAGCCAUCCAACAACUUGUCUUUUUUUUUUUUUUUGUUUGCU